AUGCCUCUCAUCAACGAAUCCCAUGAUUCACUUCCUUACAUCGAACCGGCCCCUUCCACCCAGGCACGAGCAGCUGCAGAGAAGCUAAUUGCCGCGGAACUUUCGCUAGAUGCCAAAACCACUAUCCACCCGUCCAUUCCUGCAUUUCCUGAGUCGCGGUUUUCACCUCUCAUCCAGCAGGAGGUGGACCGCAAGGCUGCUGGAUUGCCCUUGACCGGCGGAAUCGACCUCUCCCGCUAUGAAGCGCCUGAGGCUCCUGCUAAAGCCGCUGACGGAACCCCCGACCUCGAGGAAUGGCAACGGACACUGCAGAAGGCUUACACGGCCAGCUCCCAUUUGUCAAUGCGGCACGAGAAUCUGGCACUGCUAGAAGAGAAUGGAAAGAACGCGUGGCUGAUUGGCAAUUCGCAGCUGGAAGACAUCCUCCGGGGGCUUGAGAAGGAAUUGGCUGAGAUGAAGGAGGCCGCCGAGGCAGUGAACAAGGAGAGAAAGCUCGCCCAAGAAGCCAACAAGGGAGAGAUUGUGGGGCUGGAGGAGACAUGGAAGCGUGGUGUUGGUGCAAUUCUCGACACGGAAUUGGCUGCAGAGGGCCUGCGCUUGCAGAUCUUGGAGCAAAGACGUCAACUGGCGCAGCAGCAUGCGCAGCAGUAA